AUGCCCAAAGCCAAGCCAAACAAACAAGGCGCCGCGCGCUUCGAGGCCUACUACGCCUUGCAACACAUCGUGCCCGACAGCGAGUGGCCGGCCUUCCUCAAAACGCUCGCAACGCCGCUCCCCAUCACGUUCCGCAUCACCGACGCGACGCACGACGGCCACGCGGCCUGGCUCGAGGCCGAGGCCGCGCGGCUCGGCGCGACGCGGCUGCCGUGGUACGCUUGCGGCGCGUCGACCGCGUGGACGUUCGCGGGCGAGUCGCGCCGGGGCCUCCGGGCGGCGCGCGACGCCGCGCGCGACGCGGCGCUCCGCGACUUCCUCGUCUCCGGCACGACGAGCCGGAACCUGUCGCGGCAGGAGGCCGUGUCCAUGGUGCCCGCGCUGCUGCUCGGCGCGGCGCCGGGCUGGGCCGUGCUCGACGCGUGCGCUGCGCCGGGCAACAAGACCGCGCAGCUCCUGGAGCGCUGCGGCCCCGGCGGCCUCGUCGUCGCCAACGACCUGUCCAAGAAGCGGUCCUACGCGCUCGCGUGCCACUGCGCCGCGCGGCUCGGCGUCCGCGCGGCUCGGCUCGUCGUCGCGUCCGGAGACGCGGCGCGCCUGCCCGGGCCGGACGGCCGCUUCGACGGCGUGCUCUGCGACGUGCCCUGCUCCGGCGACGGCACGAUCCGCAAGGCGCCGCGCGUGCGCGAGGCCUGGGCCUGCGACGGCGGCGACAGGCUCCACGGGACGCAGGUCGCGAUCGCGCGGCGCUGCGCGGCGCUUCUGCGGCCCGGCGGGCGCAUGGUCUACAGCACGUGCUCGUUGAACCCCGUCGAGAACGAGGCCGUCGUCGCGGAGGUGCUGCGCCUCGAGCCCACGCUCGAGCUCGCGGCCGCGGCGUCGCCGCUGCCGGCGCGGCCGGGGCUGACGACGUGGGCCCCUUGCAGGGACGACGGCGGCGGCGUCGCGCGCCUCGACGACGACGGCGGCAGCCGCUUCCCGCCGAAGCAGGACGCGCCGCCGCUCGAGCGGUGCCUGCGGUUCCUGCCGCACGACGGCGACACGGGCGGGUUUUUUUGCGCCACCGGCGCGGCGCCCGGGGGCAGCUCCGUGAGCGGCGGCAACGUCGUCGCGGGCACCGUCGACGACACGGCCCCCGCCACCGUCGCCGGCAGGACGCGGCUCUUGUCGUCGGGGUCGACGCCGCCGCCGCCGACGGCGGGCUGCGCGAGCACCGUCGUCGCGGGCGUCGCGGUGCCCUGGCCGUCGUUCGCCCGCGGCGGCGCGACGGCGACGGGCUGCUUCUUCCGGCCCGACGCCUUGGCGUCGCGCCGGGCACCGCGGGGCGCUUCGUCGCGCAUGCGCGCCAUGGCCGCGGCCUUGGAGCCCUUGGGCUUGCCGCCGCCGCCGGAGGAAGCCCGCCGGCGGGACGCGGAGCCGCGGCCGCGGCUCGCCGCGGGCGGCUUCCGCGUGUUCGCGCCGCCGCGCUGGGGCAGCAAUUCCACGCAGUCGACGACGCCGUCGAGGUCCAUCUCGAAGGCCACGUCCUGGUCGAAGGACCAGGUGCUGUCGACCGUCGAGCCGCGGCGGCGCCGGACGACGCCCGCGGCGGCGAUCGCCGCGGCCGCGGCCGCGUCGUCGAUGUCGCUGGAGAAGACCGCGCCGCCCAUGUCGUCGAGGUCCAUGAGCGUCUCGAACUCGAGGCCCACGGACGCCACGGAGUCCGUCCGGUGGCGCCGCGACGAGUCCGGCGUGCCCGGUAGCGACUCGAGAUUCGAGAUCUCGAGCUUCCCCGCGCGGAUCAGCCGCUCCAGCGGCUCCGCGUCCUUGUUGCCCGACGCGACGAAGUGGUCCAGCGCCGCGUGGAGCUCGUCGUGGGACGUCGACGGGUCCCAGGGUC